AUGGGUUCUGCCGCUUCAAAACCCGCCAAGUCAGCGGCUGGUGCAGCUGCACGGCGCCAAUACCCCAAGCAGCCGACUCCUCCACCGAGGGCGGCGCCGCGCAAAGCUCCGAAAGAAACCAAAGCAGCGUCUGCACCCACGCCUACUCCCGCACCCAAGCCCAAGGCUAGUCCCUCGCCUCCCCGAGCACCUGCGCCUCCCUCUCAGGGUCCAACGUACCACUCAAAGGAGAAAGCAUCCGGCGUAAAGUCUGAUGCAAUUGACAUGGACGGUCGAGAUCCCGACUUCGCCGCCUCCCUCCGGUCAAUAGGCCCUGUCGAUCCAUCACCUACAUUCUCAAACUCAAGCACUUUCAACCGCCCCGGCUCAAUGCAAACUGUCUUUCCACAAGCCUCAAACCCGGCAUUACUAGUUGUGACUGCUCGACAGCGUCUCACAGAAGCUGCGGACAGAGAAGCUGAGCACUUCGGUCAUGCGGGUCAUCCGGGGAGAUCAUUCCUGGAUGCCCUGACUAUCCAACAAGUGCUGACGAUGCGGGAUAAGCAGGGUAUGUGCCGUGGAGAUAUCGAACGGUUCCUCGGGUUGAAGAAGGGGGUCUUGGAGCGGUUAGGGAAGGAUGAGAUUGUAUCGCGUAUUACAUGA